GGCAGUCAAUGAAAUAUUGAUUGUUUGUAUUGUUGUUCUGUUAUCCCAUGUCUGUGCAAUUGUGGAAGACGUAGAGUAGGGGUUCUAAACAUUGGUAUCAGCCAAUCGUUCGUUCCUUUCAAUCCUUGUCUCGGUACCGUCCAAAAUACAAGCCCAAAAGUCCUCCUUGUUUACGACCAACAUUAAAAAGAGUUCAAGAAGGUUCGUUGUUCUCAUCAGUGUUCCGAAUUUUCGUCGUAUCAGCCACUGAAGCGUGAGGAUCUUGAUCAUGGUAACAAGUGUCAUCCUGUUCUGUCUCCAAAAAAGUGAAGCUCAUGAUAUGAUUCAAGGAUUUCUUAAAGAUGAAACUUUGGAAUUUGGGUGCAAGAAAAUCUGGGUUACUGAAAUUGGAGAAGAAAUCUACCCGUUCAGGUCGAAACCAGCCACUAUUCUUGAAAUUGAUUGUAAGAAUGGCAAAUCCCAAGUUUUCAUUUUGGAAAUUCAUGUUUCUAAUGUUGAGUUCAAGAGAGCUAAAUUGCCUGGUUCGCGUGCACUCUACCUGUUCGACAAAAUGUCGAACUCAGGUUACAUUCUUGAUAUUAAGCUGGGGUACCAUAUGAGCAUUCGUGAUAAAGGUGGUACCAAUUUUCUCUUCAGUUUUGAGUCAAUAGAUUUACUGGCAAGCUGCAAGGACUCAGGUUUCUGUGUUGUUAUUGCUCGUUCCAUGGGCUACUACUGCAAGGGAAUUCGUGACAAGGGUGGAACAGUUAGUCAGAGGCUCUUCAAUUCGAAGUCCAAGAAUCAUGAUUGUGUUCUGGGUUCUGAUUGUUCCAAGGUGGUCAAAUGUGAGAUUUGGAAUUGGUUGCUGUGUUGUUUGCUGUGUUGUUCUCGAUCGUGACUACUGCAAGGGCAUUCAGGAUAAGGGUGGCGGCUCAAAAUUCAGGUAUAUGGUUACUCUAAAUAUUCAUUUUUCUUGUAUGAAUGCAUCUGGAGAUUCUAUUGAAUGUAGCCAAGAUGGAAUAUUUGGGGUUGUACUGUUGGUUGCAUAAUCUACUUGCAUAGUUGUAGGUGGAGAAUUUUAUAGUUCAAAUAUUGAGUUGGGUAGGGCAGGGAAGAAGAAAUCUCCAAAUGUUAGGGAGGAUUAUCUAGUUCAUAGAUUUUACAGGCAGAAGAAACUAACAUUUGAGAGUAAUGUUCAUGGAUCUUUUGGUUUGCAAGAUACUAGUCAUGUACUUGAGGGUGGGAAAGACAUCAACAAUACAACUUUCAUGUCUGGUUUAUUAACUGGUGGAAGAAUUAUGAGAAUGAGAGAUGCUGUUAUUCUUUACCAUCUUAGUAAAAAUGAUGCUGAGCAGAGGAAGUUGGAUGUAGCUUUCAUUGGUGCAAAGUACAUGCUAAAGCUGGAAAAUGGGUGUAGUGUUUCAGUGGCAAAUGAUUUGAUCAUACAAGUUGGAGACUCCAACUUUUACUUGCACAAGCUUCCGAUGGUCAUGAGAAGGGGUUACUUGAAUCGACUAGUAUUCCAGAGAAUUAAUGUAGGGAGAGAUGCCAGCCCCAGAAUCCAUCUUGACAAUCUUCCACGCGGAGCAAAAGUUUUCGAAUCUGUAGUUAAGUUCUGUUAUGGUUGGAAGUUUGAUCUAAUCAACAUAGCUCCGCUAUAUUGCGCUGCACAUUUCUUGGAAAUGAGUGAUGAUUUCAAACAAGGAAAUCUGAUUUCCAAAACCGAGACCUUUUUGAGUUUUUUGAUUUUUCCUUCUUGGAAAAACACCUUCCGGAUUUUGAGAAGCUGUGAAUCGAUUUCUUUGUGCGCUAAGGAGUUGAAAAUCUCCAAACGGAGCACGGAAGCCAUUGCUUGGAAGGCUUGUACAAACCUUAAUGCAUGUAGUUCUGAAACUGAUGAAAUACAAUGCUUCAAUGUUCUGCCAAACAAUGCAGAGAACUCGAGGCUUCAAGGUGCAGCUGACAUUUGGUGGUUUGAAGAUGUCUCGUUCCUUCGAAUAAAUCAUUUCAUCGAAGUGAUCCAAGCCUUAAAUUGGAAAGGAUCAUGUAUAGCCCAUUGGACUGCAAAAUGGCUCUCGCGAGUCACCUCAAGACUUGAAAGAAUGUCCCUGAAGCAUAUGACACAUCAGUUUCUAGGAGUUACAACCGAGUGCUUGGUUAAGGAUGUAGUAGAUGGGGCUAUUUGUUCGAAAUUGUAAAUCUUACUUUGUAGGAUUGGUCUUAAGGUGGGCUAUUGUUAGGAUACUGCCAGAUGGCAUAUUAGGAUGAUGACAUCUGUACAAGGUUGGUAGUAGUUAGUUACUUGUUAACAGAUAAAUAACAGAUUGUAAAGAUAAAAAGGCAGUUAAUGAAAUAUUGAUUGUUUGUAUU